GGCAAAUCUUUAUUUGUUUUGAGAAAAUGCAGUGCAGUUUGCAAAGCCUUUGAACGGAUUUCUAAAGCUGCUAGAAAUUGCUAUCCCAAGCAGUAGUACAAAUGUGGUUACGAGCUUCAGGCUUCCAGCAUUUUUGGAAAGGAUCUGUGGUACAUUGGUUCCAGCGAUAUCAAUAUAUAUCCUGUUGGGCAUGCAAGAAACCUGUACAUGACGUGCUAUGCCAGUCGUGUGGGAAGGUGCAACCAGCAGUACGUGAUAAAAACUACUUCAAGGUUUUGGGUCAGGAGGAAAAAUUUUCUCUUAAUACCGUUGAUCUGCAAACAAGAUUUAUAGAGUUGCAAAGAAUCCUUCAUCCGGAUAGAUUUGCAAACUGUUCUGAGGAAGAGAAGUCUUACUCGGCUGAUCAAUCUGCAAUGGUCAAUGAAGCGUACCAAGUGCUCUUAAAACCCAUCCAAAGAGCUACGUAUCUACUUAAGGUAAAUGGAGUGACGCUGGACGAAGUCAAACUGCCCCAAAAAUUCCUCAUCGAGAUGAUGGACCUGAAUGAGCAAGUAGAUACAGUUACCGAUAAGGUGAAGAAGACGCUUCUAGAGAAUAUUAUUAAUAUACAAGAGGCUGCUAUGGCUGACCUUCAAAAGAGCUUCGCUGAGGGAAACAAUGUAGAGGCUUCAAAAAUUCUUGCUAAGAUCAAGUAUCUUGAUAAUCUUAUUAACAGACUCAAAUAGGCCAGCCUACAUGUCCGUAGAAACAAAAAUUAUAUGGAAUAAUCUACAAGUGAAAUUGAAUACUAAACACUAUAAGUACAAUGUACCAAUCUAGCGUUAGCUGAUUCCAUGCUGUACAUAAUAAGUUGUAAAAUAAAUGAACUUGACGUAUCACCAUAAAAAAAUGUAUAGUCGUGCAUUGGUGUGGGUAAACAUUAAGACUGCUUAGGCAGAGUAGGGAAUUAUAGUAUAAAUAUCAUGCUGCAAUGAAAUGGUUAUUGUUACAUCUUGACUGCUUACUGGCCUGCUUAUUCUAUGUUUGUCUGCAGUGUGUAAUUAAACAACUUAGCUUAAUUUUCAAAACAUUUUCUUCCUGUCUUUAUGUAGUAAAUAUGGAAGGUCUUAGUAUCCUAUUAAAAAAAAUAAAAAAAAAGAAAAAAAUCCUAUUAUAACUCUGAUCAGACUGUCUACUACUUGUAGGCGCACGAACGGUUAUAUUUCGGAGAGAAAGACUCUUUGUGACUACUGUGGUGAACACUGUGCAUGUAUGUACGAGAGAACAAAUUUAGCUUGACCUUAAAUAUUAUUCAAAAUCGAUUCAGAGAAGCUGGUAAAGGAAAUUUGUAUCGUUAUCUCCUGUAAAGUCUUUUGUUACCAGAAAAAGCAUUUUUAACUAGGCAACACGAUAUAUUACCCUGGUUCAAUGCCAAGCGAGAAUUGUGUCAGUUAUCUAAACACAGAAUACAACAUUUACGGGAAAAUUGAAUCAGAAAGUUAAGGAAGUGCCAGAAAGUGACUGCAUGGUUUAGAAACAGCAGGGAAUACGUUUGUAAAAAUAGUUGCCAUGGAAAAGUAUUGAGAGAAAUUGUGACAUUUAGAGCGAUCUGUAUUAAAAAUCCUGGAUCAGCCCUUCAAAGCUUAAUCUUAAUGUUAAUAAAAAUUGGUAUUGGUGCAGUUAUUUUAUCCAUCUGGCACUAGCUAACGAAGUAUUUUUAGCUCUUGAUAUCAGGUUACCUUGCCGUUACGCCCAGUCAGAGUAGAUAAAAUUACACCUUAAGACAAGCACACGUUCAUAGCCAAGGGGGUACAUUAACAUAAUUGGUAAUUAAUCGCUACAUCAUUAUUUACUUCAAAAAAGCAAAGAACUCACAGAUUAUUACACUCAGUGCUCAGGUCUGGUCAUAGGACUAAAGAUAUUCAAAAAUAUCAGGUCAAUAAAAACGAUGUGUGUUAGAUGUUAGCGUAUUAAUAACAUUUGUGAUGCGGCAACCCUGUGGGUUAUGAUUAAUCUAGCUGAUGUAUAUUAGCUGGCUUAUGAAACACUUCAGGUUCGACAUCCCUUUUAAAAAAUUUCAAAUAUUGUAGUUAGUCGCCAAAGGCGUUAUGAGUUUGGGUAAAGAACACCAUACGUCAAUAUAAGAAAGAAUAUAUAUUCUUUCUUAUUUUUUAAAACACUUCGCCUGAUAUGGGUUAUAAGGGUCUUGUUGACUUUAUAAAACUAAUUUGAGAAGUUUUUCAGAUGUUCCAAAGAUUGUACAAGGAAACGACGAGCGGCACAAUAUCUACUCCAAUUUAUCUCGCACUUCGAGCGCCUACAUAUAUACCAUAAAACUCAUGCAAACUUAGCCAGUUUGUCCUUCUCCAUUCGUCGUUUUUCAUCGCACCUAACGCGAAAAAGUUCUAUCGAUCUCGGCAAAUUUUUGCUCACAGUUUUCAAGGCUUAUCUUGAAAGUUUCCAUUGCUGAGAAUUCAAAGCGACAGCGUAGGUCCUUUUACACCAGUCGCGGGUCGACUAGGAGAUACGCGCCAACACUGGUCUCCUGAAUCUUUGGGUUGCAUGCGCAAUGAAACUUCUGCUGUACUAUCUACUACUGCCGUAAACCGACUGCCCAGGUUUAUGGUCAAUCUUAAAUUUGUGACUGCUGCGUGGAGCUGGCGGAGAGCUUGCUGCAUUCAGAACUUGUUCGGCCCGAAUAUCACUAGGUCGUCGGCCCUCUUAUUGGAUGAGGUAGACCCUUCAGCGAGACGGAAAGUAACAAUAAGCUUAGGCUGUUCGUUCGAGUGAAGCCAACUGUCUGUGAGAAACAAAAAGUGAGAGAUCAUCCCAUUGUCGAUAGUUAUUCUAUUUUCCUUGAAAAUCGCAGCGAGUCAGGGCGAAAAAAAUCAGUCAGAAGAUCAACGUGCCAGCGUGAGCAUAACCUUCUUUCUGAACGCCUCGUCGAAGUAAACAAACAGCGCAUAUAGUAAACUGCGUGGGUUGGGCAGUACUCUCUAGACGUCGGGCACUACGAUCCUGCAUGCCAUCUCUGUGGAGCGUUAUGUGCGAAACCCAUGCGGAAGUACGUGAACAUUACUAAAUAGUGUCAUCGGCGGUGCAUUUGAAAUACCCGUUGCAGACCCGUUCAAGACUGGCAGCUUCUCCCCAAAACCUUGUAUUGGGGCUUGUAGUGUGAAGUUUUGUUUAUGGAUAUAGUGUUGUAUUGAGGUCCCUCUGUCAACGCUGCGAAGAAAGAAAACACCGCACUUGGUAUCGUAUUUUUUGACGCAAACAUUCUGAGAAGUGGUUUGUAAAUGCUGAAUGAAUACUGUUCAUGUUCUGUGUCGUCAAUCAAACGGGCCUUUAGCCAGUUAAGGUAUUGUUGCCUUUAUGAUGCACACAUUCUUCGACAGACUGUCUUAAAGAUAGAGACUAAAGGAAAGAACUCGGGCUGUAUUUGACUAUAGACCUGAAGGCCAUCUGGAUCCUCAAAGCAGCAGCAGAAAUCCGCGAGCGUGUCUAAAAUGGCCGUAGUGAGGCUUGUGUUCGGCUAAUCGAGGCGAGCGUUGAAAUAGCUGGCAAGGGCCAGAGAUGAGAUAGGAGAUAGAAUGGAAAGAUAGGACAUCCAGUCCGCUGAGGAGGUUCUCGAUUAGUACGUUCCUCAAUCAGCCGGCCAAACAUAGGCUGUUGUGAGGAUUACUUAACAGCAACGUAAGGCAAUAACGUUAUUCUCUAUCUGACAUGGCAUGAGGUUGUCUGUUUUACGAUUAUAGAACACGGGGAUACCUCCACUAGGGCAGCUUAGUCCAUUCAUCUUCAUUACAGGGCAGUGCACAAAACAGAAACGCGGUAGGUUGAAGGAGAUAGUAAUCAAGUCUUCGUUAGCAAGGAUGUUUAGGCUAUACUAGAAAAGAGAAGCGCCAGAGUUGCAACUCCUCACAGUUCCAUUGAGUACUUUGUAGCGUCUCUUCAAGAUUCAGCCCCGCUGUAAACUUUGUGAUGAAACAUUGGUAUUGCUAACAUACCUCUCUCCUUCGCACACGACACUGUCGAUAUGCACUUUCAGUGCCGCACGAGUAGUCGCUCAUGUUUUGUUCAGGAAGAAUGUUUUUCAACGCAGGGCCGAGGGGCUGCACAAUGCUGUUGCCCAUCACUAGCGCUGUUUUUCGCGGUGAAAAAGGGGUCGAGCCAUAUUAGGGUCCUUCGGAGAUGUAUCGCAUUUUUCGGUGAGUCACCAGUAUUGGCACCACAUGCUUGUAAAUUUGAUACUUGUCCUUCCAGCUCUAUCACUUGAUAAAAUGGGAGCGUCAUGAGACCUAUUGGUUCAUUCUGCAGCGCACAAAUGUCUAAACCUUUCAUAAAUAAUUCGGUGACGAGUCUGAUGUUAGCCUUGAGCAUACCCUAAACAUCAUUUGCCUGCUGGGUCGAUUGUCUGAUUAGCCUCUUUUCCACUCUUAAAAACGAAAUAUAUUACUUUGUUACGCUUCGAAUAGCACCUGUAAGCGCUAUUAUGUGUACACUCGUUGCAUUUCUCAAAAACAUUCACACUGUAUAGUCACAAUUUUUUUUGCGAAGUGCGGCCACUUGGUUAUGGAUACCUCGACGAUUAUAGACUAUGUGUCGCCUGUUACUAUUGUUACCUUUUAGUCCAAUGGCACACCUGCACAUCUGGCCUGUGUUUGUUGUUGAUUCUGCUGAUAUCGCCUUGGCUAAUGUGGUUCCAGCCAUCCCGUCGUAUAAAAUGUCUUUGGAAUAGCAGAGGCGUGUUUGUGGGUUAUUGCGCUUAAUCGACGAGCCGCAAGUCGCAACACUGUGUGAACUGUGUUGAAGUGCCUUCACCAAGUCUUCUCGAUCACUCAGCACUUCUCGAAAGCUGUCCAUUCUUCGAUACUAUCUACAGAGGCCAAUAAAUCAAGAAGAGCAUCGGCCAAUUUGUAGACGAGUGCUCGGUUGAAUCUUUC